AUUCAGUUCCCUUUGCAUGGAACAGUGUCCUUCCUGUCUCCACCCGGCGAGGCCCAGUGGAGGAGGGCUCUGGAAGCCUUCCUGCUUGCUUCACAGAGGCAGCCGGUUCUCCAAAGGCUCUGUGGGCUACAGCAGGGAACUUGGCAUCCACCUCAGAGCACCAUGAGGAGACCUUGGGAAUAGGAACAACCUCUCUGGAGGCCCGGGUGUACUUGUUGGCUGGUCUGAGGCUGGCCCUGGGUCCCUGCUUCCAGAAACCAUGGCAGAGAGCAGCGACGCCGCGCUGUCAGUAGCCGAGUGGCUUCGGGCGCUGCACCUGGAGCAGUACACGACACUCUUUGAGCAGCACGGACUGAUUUGGGCCACCGAAUGCCAAGGCCUCAGCGAUACCAGACUUUUAGACAUGGGCAUGCACCUCCCUGGCCACCGCCGCCGUAUCCUGGCUGGUCUACUCCGUGCCCACGCACCCCCGGCCCCUGUGCCCCGCCCUGCCCCACGGCCUGUGCCCAUGAAGCGACACAUCUUCCGCUCACCACCUGUGCCCGUCACUCCGCCGGAACCGCCGCCCACAGCUGGAGAGGAUGAAGGGCUACCUGCUGCUCCGCCUAUUCCGCCCCGAAGGAGCUGCCUCCCGCCCGCCUGCUUCACUCCCCCAUCCACAGCCUCCCCGGACCCUGUGCUGCCCCCACUGCCUGCCAAGCGACACUCGGUAGAAUCUAGUGUUCCUCCUGUACCUCCUCGUACCGGACCCCCCUACCCACAGGCCCGCCUUCCCUCUAAGGAGGAGCUAUUGCUGCCACCAGUUUCAUCCCGUCCCCAGCCAGAGCCAUCAGAGACCCUGUCCACCUUCCUGCCUGCCUUUCCCCAGGGGCCUCAUCAGCCCCUGCCUCCCCGUGCUCCUGAGAUCCCUCCCAAGCCUCCCCGCCUGCUCCCUGAGUUUGACGACCCUGACUAUGAUGCUGUCCCAGAGGAGGGGCUGGGGGCCCCCGCCAGCGUGAUGACCAAGGAGGAGCCCUUGCCAAGCCGAGUCCCACGCGCCGUGCGGGUGUCUAGUCUGCUGAGCGAAGGGGAGGAGCUGUCUGGGGAUGACGCCGAAGAUGAGGAUGACCAUGCCUAUGAGGGUAUCCCCAACGGCGGGUGGCCCAGCAGUGGCCUGAACCCACCCUUGCACAGCCUGAUCCCUGAUCUCCUACCGCACUCCAUGGAUGAGCUGCCUGGGGGCUCCACCCCCAUCACACAGUUCAUCAAGGCUGGCUGGCUGGACAAGAACCCGCCACAGGGGUCUUACAUCUAUCAGAAGCGAUGGGUGAGACUGGAUGCCGACUACCUGCGAUACUUUGACAGUAACAAGGAUGCCUACUCUAAGCGCUUUGUCCCUGUAGCCUGCAUCUGCCGAGUAGCUGCUAUUGGAGACCAGAAGUUUGAAGUGAUCACAAAUAAUCGGACCUUCACCUUCCGGGCAGAGAGUGAUGUGGAGCGGAAUGAGUGGGUGCAGGCUUUGCAGCAGGUGGUGGCUGAACAGCGAGCCCAUGUUCGGCUCUCCAGUGCUUCUGUGCUGGGCGUUCGAGGCGCUGAGCAGCCUGACCGCGCUGGCAGCCUGGAGCUGCGAGGCUUCAAGAAUAAGCUUUAUGUGGCUGUGGUUGGGGACAAAGUGCAACUCUACAAGAAUCUGGAGGAGUUCCAUCUGGGCGUUGGCAUCACCCUCAUAGACAUGAGCGUGGGCAAUGUGAAGGAAGUGGACCGGCGCAGCUUCGACCUCACUACCCCCUACCGCAUCUUCAGCUUCUCAGCUGAUUCAGAGUUGGAGAAGGAGCAGUGGUUGGAGGCCAUGCAGGGAGCCAUCGCAGAGGCCCUGUCUACCUCAGAGGUGGCCGAGCGCAUCUGGGCCGCAGCCGCCAACAGGUUCUGUGCUGACUGUGGGGCUCCCCAGCCUGACUGGGCCUCCAUCAAUCUCUGCGUUGUCAUCUGCAAGCGCUGUGCAGGGGAGCACCGUGGCCUGGGUGCUGCAGUGUCUAAGGUGCGGAGCCUGAAGAUGGACAGGAAGGUGUGGACAGAAACACUCAUCCAGCUCUUCUUACAGCUGGGCAAUGGCCCUGGGAACCACUUCUGGGCCGCCAACGUGCCCCCCAGUGAGGCCCUGCAGCCCAGCAGCAGCCCUGGUGCCAGACGGAACCACCUGGAGGCCAAAUACAGAGAGGGCAAGUACCGCCGCUACCACCCACUCUUUGGCAACCAAGAGGAGCUGGACAAGGCCCUGUGUGCUGCAGUUACUACCACUGACCUGGCUGAGACCCAGGCACUCCUGGGCUGCGGGGCUGGGGUCAGCUGCUUCUCAGGGGACCCGGCAGCUCCCACACCCCUGGCUCUCGCUGAGCAGGCUGGACAGACGCUGCAGAUGGAGUUUCUACGGAAUAACCAGAGCACAGAGGUCCCUCGACUUGACCCGGUGAAGCCCAUGGAAAAGCACUACUCCAUUAUCCUGCCGACCGUGAGCCACAGUGGUUUCCUCUACAAAACAGCUUCUGCCAGCAAGCCUCAGCAGGACCGCCGUGCCCGGGAAGAGUUCAGCCGGCGCUGGUGUGUCCUUAGUGAUGGGGUCCUGAGUUACUACGAGAAUGAACGGGCAGUGACACCCAAUGGGGAGAUUCGGGCCAGUGAGAUUGUAUGCCUGGCAGUUUCCCCUCUGGACACCCAUGGCUUUGAGCAUACCUUUGAGGUGUACACAGAGGGAGAGCGGCUGUACCUGUUCGGGCUGGAGAGUGCAGAGCUGGCUCAUGAGUGGGUCAAGUGCAUUGCCAAGGCAUUUGUGCCUCCUCUGGCCGAGGACCUGCUAGCCCGGGACUUUGAGCGGCUUGGGCGCCUACCCUGCAAAGCUGGCCUGAGCCUUCAGCAGGCCCAGGAAGGCUGGUUUGCCUUGGCUGGCUCUGAGCUCCGAGCUGUCUUCCCAGAAGGGCCCUGGGAAGAGCCACUGCAGCUCCGGAGACUGCAAGAGCUUUCUAUCCAAGGAGACAGCGAGAACCAAGUUCUGGUGCUGGUAGAGCGGAGGAGGACACUGUACAUCCAGGGUGAGAGGCGGCUGGACUUCAUGGGUUGGCUAGCGGCCAUCCAGAAAGCAGCAGCCAGCUUGGGAGACACACUGUCAGAGCAGCAGCUCGGGGACUCAGACAUCCCGGUGAUUGUGUACCGCUGUGUGGACUACAUCACACAAUGUGGCUUGACCUCAGAGGGUAUCUACCGCAAGUGUGGUCAGACCUCCAAGACCCAGAGACUGCUGGAGAGCCUGCGGCAGGACGCACGCUCUGUGCACCUCAAAGAGGGAGAGCAGCAUGUGGACGACGUCUCCUCUGCGCUCAAGCGCUUCCUGAGGGACCUGCCCGAUGGCCUCUUCACUCGUGCACAGCGCCUGGCCUGGCUGGAGGCCUCUGAGAUCGAGGAUGAGGAGGAAAAGAUCUCCAGGUACCAAGAGCUCUUUGUGCAUCUGCCCCCUGUCAACCGGGCCACUGUGAAGGCCCUUAUCAGCCAUCUGUACUGUGUGCAGUGCUUCUCAGACACAAACCAAAUGAACACACACAACUUGGCUAUUGUGUUUGGGCCCACACUCUUCCAGACAGAUGGGCAGGACUACAAGGCCGGCAAGGUGGUGGAAGACCUCAUCAAUCACUACGUGGUGGUGUUCAGUGUGGACGAGGAGGAGCUGAGGAAGCAGAGGGAGGAAGUUACCGCCAUUGUGAAGAUGCGAGUGGCUGGCACUGCCAGUGGGACCCAGCAUGCUGGGGACUUCAUCUGCACCGUGUACCUGGAGGAGAAGAAGGUGGAGACUGAACAGCACGUCAAGAUCCCAGCCUCCAUGACAGCAGAGGAGCUUGCCCUGGAGAUCCUAGACCGCCGCAAUGUGAGCAUCAGAGAGAAGGACUACUGGACUUGCUUUGAGGUCAACGAGAAGGAGGAGGCAGAGCGUCCACUGCACUACUCGGAGAAGGUGCUGCCCAUUGUGCAUGGCCUGGGCAUAGACAGCCACCUGGUGGUGAAGAAGUACCAGUCCAUGGAGUCCAUGCUGCUGUACUUGGCCAGCCGUGUGGGUGACACCAAGCAUGGCAUGAUGAAGUUCCGUGAAGACCGAAGCCUCCUGGGUCUGGGGCUGCCCUCGGGUGGCUUCCAUGAUCGCUACUUCAUCCUCAACAGCAGCUGCCUACGGCUCUACAAGGAGGUUCGGAGCCAAAGGCCGUGGAGCGGGGCCCCUGAGACCAGAGCAGUGUCUGGCUGGACAAGGAACAGGGAGGGCUUUGGUGAGAAAUUUCCUGGAGGAAGAGCCCUGUUCCAGAAUGCGUAUCGAGGUGCCAAGGGGUGGGGAAGGCCUUGCGCAGACGGGAGAGCUACUUCUGACUGUACCUACCUGACUGAUGAGGUGUCCCCCCAGAGUCACCGGCCUGAGAAGGAGUGGCCUGUCAAGAGUCUCAAAGUCUACCUGGGUGUGAAGAAGAAACUGCGGCCACCUACUUGCUGGGGCUUCACGGUGGUGCACGAGACGGAGAAGCACGAGAAGCAGCAGUGGUACCUCUGCUGUGACACUCAGAUGGAACUCCGGGAGUGGUUUGCCACCUUCCUCUCUGUACAGCACGACGGUCUGGUGUGGCCCUCAGAACCAUCUCGAGUGUCCCGGGCAGUGCCCGAGGUCCGGAUGGGCAGUGUAUCGCUGAUCCCUCUGCGUGGCAGUGAAAAUGAAAUGCGCCGGAGUGUGGCAGCCUUCACUGCCGACCCCCUUUCUCUCCUCCGUCAUGUCUGAGCAUGGAGUCAUUCUGACUCUGGGACACUGUCACUGCCACCAGGAAGCCUUCCUGUUCAGACACCCUCGUGCUCUGCAUGCUUGGUGUGAACCAGCAGAAUACACGGGGACGCUGUACCCACAUCCCACAUCCUGACUACAGCACGGGCUCCUUGGCUGGACAGGAAUGGGCUGGCAAUGGGAUUUUCCCGGAGGGGCCCUUCCCUGCUCUCCUGACCUGGCUUGCUUACCCAGGGUCGCUCUCCUUGAGUUUGUGGAAUUGGAGAGAUGGGCAGAAAUCAGGAGCUCUGUAAGAGAGGCUGGAGGUCCUGGGGCCCCGCUGGGAGGGAGCCCACCCCUUUCCCAUAGGCUCCAGAGCAGCAGAAGGCUGCUACCAUGAAAGAACUCCUGGGGAGUCUGGGAGGGAGCUCAUGGGAAGCUUUACAAGCUAAAAGCUGGGCUUGGGGAGGUCAGCCCACUUCUGGUGUAAGCUGCAGGGAGGCCCAGGCUGUGGCUGCCUGCUACCCCUCCCCCACUUUGGAUACUUUUUGAUAAUAUAAAUAUAUCUGUCUAUUUUA